ACUAACUAACUAUAUAACUAUACUCCAGUCCUGAAAGUCAUUCCCCUCGGCUUUCUAUCAACUCACUUCAUCUCUGUCCAAAAUUCAUCUCUAUCUCUCUUCCUCUUUUCCAUUACGCCAUGGACCACUUCAAACACAGCGCCUCCAUCGGCACUCACACCCUCAGCUACGCACUCCGCGGCCCACCCCGCCAACCCAACACCCCACUCAUCAUAAUCCUAACCGGAAUCACCAGCAGCGCUCUAGAAUGGAGCGCCGUAUGCCGUCACCUCUCCACCGACGCCUCCAUCCUUCUCUACGAGCGAUCCGGAUACGGCCGCAGCGAACCAUCCCCAAACCCACCCGACUCACUCACAAUCAUCGACGAGCUCUGCCACCUCCUUGGCUCCGCAGCUCUAUCCCCGCCAUACCUCGUCAUUGGACACUCCUGGGGUGGUAUCCUGGCACGAGAGUUCCUCGCCGCCAGACCAGACGAUAUCUGCGGCAUGGUGCUCGUAGAUCCAGUCCAGGAGCGUAUGAUGAUGGAGACGUGGCCGGAUCCUAGCAUUGCUGCUGUUACCGAUGGGUUGGAUUACAUGGAUGUUGUUGGGUUGAUGCGCGAUCGUGUGUUGACUGAUGAAGAAUGGGGAGAUUUGAUGGCGGAGGAGCAGAGUGAAGGGCAUGCGAAACAGGCGGCGCGAGAACUGCCGUUUCUGCAGAUCAGUCGGGGAGUUCUGGCAAAGAAGGGGCAACUUGUUCCUGGGAGAAAUCUCUUGAGGGGAAAGCCGUUGAGUGUAUUAGGAGGGAAUUCGAAGAGGGACCAUGAGUUGUUGUAUGAGGCUGGUGUGGCGAGGGGGGGAGGUACGGCUGCGCAGCGGGAGAGGUUCAGGGAGUAUCUGACAAAGUGGGAGAGGUGUGAGGAGGAGUUCCAUCGAGAAUUGUUGAAUUUGUCGAGCGUUGCGCGUUAUUCGGUGACGAGGCGGAGUGGGCAUAAUAUUCAACUGACGGAGCCGGAGUUGAUAGCGGAUGAGGUUCGUUGGGUGUUGGAGAUGAUCCAGAGAUGAUGUGUGUGAAGAGACGCGUAUGGUUCCUUUUCAGGAGACCUUGCUGUUAUAAAUAAAGCUUGUCAAGUUAUGGGCGGUUAGCUGUAUGUGACCCUUGGCUGAAUGCAUGGUCUCUUCCGCGAAGACGAUAAUAAUUUCACUCACUC